UAAUAAUAAUAAUAAUAAUAAUGUAAUACGUAUUUCAUGAAAAACAUGAAAUUUCAAUAAUAAAUUUAUUGAUAACAUUAUUACAUUUAUCAAUAAAUGAACAUGUGGUUUUGGAAUAAUGCAAUAUGUGGAUUUUGUACUCGAGUUCCAAAUGUAUUUAUUGGCACGGUUGUAUUCUUCAAUCAGUUCUUCAUGACAUUCUAUAUUCGAAUAAUUGUAUAUGGAUGGCGAUCUGUUCAACGGGUGUAAAUCUUUAUAUUCUAACAAUCAUAACAUGUUAUAUGCUAUUUAUAUUACCUGAGAAACAAUUCAAUAAUUCAUAUCUAACAGAAAAACAAUAUUUAUUAGAAUCUAUUAAUAAUAAACCUGUUCGUAAUAAAUCUAUUCCAAUUAGAUUAAAUAUAAUGAAUAAUAGAAAACGUUCUAUAAAAACAAUAAAUGAUUACAUGAAUAUAAGUAAUAAACAAUUAUUUACAACAAAGUCGAAUGAUUACAUAAUUGAAAAUAAUCAUUUCUAUAAUAAACAAAUAGAAAAACAAAAACAUUCUAAUCCAUACAUUAAUACAUAUAAAUCUAAUUUAUCAUUACAAACAAAAUCAUUAUCAAAUAUAUUUACAAAUCAUUUAAAACAAUCUCAUAAUUCACAGUCUAUCAUAACAAAAAAAUUAUCAUCUUCAUUAUUAUCUAAUAAAAAUGAUAUAAAUGAACCAUAUUUUGAUCCAAAUCAAUCUGUAUAUAUCACUUCAAUGAUAAAUAAUACAGCUAGAAUUCCUUGUAAAGUAAAAAAUAUUGAUUUUUCUUCAACUGUUAUGUCAUGGUGGAAAGAGGAUUUGCCGACACCACUAACAGUAGGUAAUGAAAUAUCACUUCCUCGUUAUGAAAUUGAUCGUACCGAUCCUGGAUCUUGGACACUGAUGAUCUUUCAUGUUACUGAAACUGAUAGUGGAACAUAUAUUUGUCAAAUUAAUCUAGCCACCAUAAAAGAGAAAUUUUUCUACCUCAAAGUUAUUGCUCAGAAGAAUGAACCGGAUAUGACAAAAUUAAAUGAUGAAUAUGUCAAAGAUGAAAUAGUACAAAAUACAUUAUGGAGAGCAUCAAGUAAACAAAAAAGUGUUCAUAUCUUUAAUAAUCCUGGUCAAAACCAUCAUUUAACAUGUCUUGUUCAAUUUCAUCAUCCAACUACAACAUCAUCUAUUCAUUGGUAUUAUAAUGGAUAUAGAAUAUAUCCGAAAUUAGAAAACAAUUAUUUAAAAUUAAAAGAAUUAUACGUGGAUAUACAAACCAAAUGGAUUAAUCGAACAACACAAAUGAGUAGAUUGAAAAUUGGACGAUUAACAAAAAAUAAUUCAGGCAUUUGGACUUGUCGUAAAGUUCCUGGAACUAACUUAGAAUCAUUAGAAGAGAGUUCAUUGGAUUUACAGAAAACAAGUAAGAAAGUUCUUGUUAUAUAGUUUAUUAUGCUUAGUUAUUUUAUGUUUUACAUUUGUCUCAGAAUUUUAAGCUGAAAGUAUUUAUAUGAAGAUUCUUUUCUAUCCAUUAUUAAUUAAAUAUUUAACAAUUUUAGUGUUUUUCAAGACAAAAAGCUGUCUGAUGUGGUAUCACUGAAAAUAAGACAUUAAAACUGAACCAAAAGAACUGUAUGAUACAUUCAAUGAUAAUACUGGCAAAUCUUUAGAGACAAGAUUAUUACCUUUGCAUAUUUAUACUUAUUUCAUGUAUUUUUACAUUUUCUAUACCAUAUUGUAUUAUGCUUAUGUAUAGAUUUUGUUCUCUUUCUUUCUUUCUUCCUUUCAAAUAUGAAUUAUCAUCAGAUUGAAUACAUUUUUUAAUUUAUAGAAUUAUGAAGAAACUAAUUUCAAUCUUAUACCGGAUACCAAUAAAUGUUAUAUUGAUGGUUUUAUGCAUUUAUUUGAAUAAAUCUUCUUAUCGGUUGUUGUUUUGUUUUUGUUGUGUUUUUCUUCUUUUUCUCCUUCUUUUUUUUUGUUCACUAAUAGAAUGAUAUCAAGGAACAUAAUUAUGAAACAAAUUGGUAGGCAACUGAAACAAAAUUAAUUUUGUAAAUAAAUGUAUAAAUAUAUGGAUUGUCUCAAAGU